AUGGCUGAACUUAUCUCUGCAAUCCUUCCUUUGUUGUUUGAAAAAUUGUCGUCCCCUGAGUUGUUCAAUUAUUUUGCAAGUGUAAAAGGGGUUCGUUCGAAGCUAAAAAAGUGGGAACGGAAGUUAUUGAAGAUUGAGGCGGUGCUCAGCUCUGCGGAAGAGAAGCAACUGACCAACAAGGCUGUGAAACUGUGGCUCGAUGAUCUCCAAGACUUGGCUUAUGAUGUAGAGGAUUUACUGGAAGAGUUCUCCUAUGAAGUUUCACGUCAGAACUCCAUUGAUACCCCUUCUUGUUUCAAUAAUUUCACUCCUCGCGCUAUGAAGUUUGAUGUCAGUAUGCGGUCCAAGAUGAAAGAUAUCAAUGGCAGAUUCGAAGAGCUCCAUAAAGAAAGAGUUGAACUUGGAUUGAUGCAUGAGACUUCUGGAGGGACAUCAAGUACUGCUGCAUCUACCCAACAAGCAGUAGAUCCAAGACCACCCACUUCCAGUCUGCCAACUGAAGAAGCUGUUUAUGGGAGAGGUGAAGACAAAAAAGAAAUAAUUAAGAUGGUGUCAAGUGAUAAACCAAUUGAUGCCAACUUUGGUGUGAUAGCAAUUGUGGGCAUGGGAGGACUCGGCAAAACAACACUUGCUCGGGAGGUGUACAAUGACAAGGAAUUGGAUCAUCUCAAGUUCGAGGAAAAAGCAUGGGUUUCUGUCUCAGACGAUUUUGAUGUCAUGAGAAUCUCGAAGUCAGUUCUCGAGUCAAUAAUUCGCCCACCCCCCAAUCUAAAUAGUUUGAAUGAAGUGCAAGAUGAGUUGAAAAAGCAAAUACGUGGAAGAAAAUUCCUGCUGGUCUUAGAUGACGUUUGGAAUGAAACAGAGAGUUUGUGGGAAACCUUCAAGUCUCCAUUCAAAGAUAGUGCACGGGGAAGUAAAAUAAUUGUGACUACACGCAAUGAAAGAGUUGCAGUAACAAUGAGAUCCUCUGAAACUCAUAAAUUAAAGACUCUUUCAGAUGAUGAAUGUUGGAAUUUGUUUAUGAAGCAUGCACCUUCGACUGGUAUGGAUAGUAACGCUCUUGGAAAAUUUCGUGAACGUGUUGUUAAAAAGUGUGGAGGAUUGCCCUUGGCAGCAAAGACUCUGGGUGGUCUUCUACACUAUGAGCCGAAAGUUGAUGCAUGGGAGAAUAUAUUAAACAGCAGAGUAUGGGAUUCAUCUAACGGAAAUGACAUCCUUCCCGUGUUAAGGUUAAGUUACCGUCAUCUUCCUCCACAUCUUAAAAGAUGUUUUGCUUAUUGCGCAAUUUUUCCUAAAGAUUACGAGUUCGAUAAGAAAGAACUUGAGCUUUUGUGGAUGGGAGAAGGCAUUAUUCAACAAUCAGAUGAGCACCUGAAUUUGGCUGGUGAGUAUUUUCUUCAUUUAUGUUCGAGGUCACUUUUUGAACAAUCAAGUAGCAAUAGUUCUAAGUACGUAAUGCAUGACCUUGUUCAUGAUCUAGCACAAUCAAUUUUUGGAGAAAUUGGCUAUCGAUUUGAGGAAGUCAAUUCUAUGGUACCAAAAAAAUUUGAAAGGACUCGUCAUUUUUCUUAUAUUUCUAAACGUUAUGAUGGAAAAAGUACGUUCAAGGACUUGCAAAAAUUGAAAAGUCUAAGAACAUUCUUUCCAGUAUUUAUGAGUCCUUAUUGGCGGUAUGGCCACAGCUACAUAGAUGCUACAGUUAUUUUUAAUUUAUUGCCGCAUUUGAAGAAGUUAAGAGUGCUCUCCUUAGAAAGAUACCACAUUACAUGUUUACCAAAUUCAAUUGGAGGCUUGAUACAUCUAAAGUAUCUCAAUUUGUCUAACACUAUGGUCAAAAGUUUGCCUGAGUCAACAAGCUCAUUACUUAACUUGCAAACUUUGCUACUAAAAGAUUGUUCUCGUCUUUUGAAGUUACCUUCCAAGAUGAGACAUUUGACCAAUUUAUGUCAUCUUGAUAUUAAAGGUGCAAAGUCAUUAAAAGGGAUGCCGUCUGGGAUGAAAGAGUUGAUAAAUCUCCGAAUGUUGUCUAAUUUUAUUGUGGUAAAAGGGAAGAAUUUCAAUUUGAAUGAUUUGAGGAAUUUAAAAUUUCUUCAAAGAGAGCUUCACAUUUCAAAAUUAGAGAACCUUAGUCAUCAAAACCAAAUAAGAGAGCCCGUACUAAAAAAUAUGAAAGAUUUAGAAAUAUUGUUGCUGGAAUGGGGAUCUCAAUCCGAUGGCUCACCGAAUGAGGAAGUAGAAAGACAUGUUCUUGAGAUGCUAAAACCUCAUAGCAAUUUGAAAGAACUUGUAAUCAAGUGCUAUGGUGGUGCAUGUUUUCCAUCUUGGUUAGGAGAUUCGUCAUCGCUCUCCAAUAUGACAAUCCUUAAAUUAGAAAAUUGUAACAACAGUGGAAGUUUGCCUUCAAUCUGGAUGUUGAGCUCACUUAAAGACCUGGCCAUUCAAGGGAUGGGGAAACUAGAAAAAAUAGAUUUUGAGAUGCCUUUCAAGUCAUUAGAGGUUCUUCAUUUACAAAAUCUGCAAGAAUGGAGGUAUUGGAACAAUAAGAAAAAAAAUGAAGAUGUUGAAAAAUUCCCUCUUCUCCGAAAGCUUUCCAUUAUAAAAUGUCCGAAACUUGCUGGAGAAUUACCUAACAGUCUUCCUUCAUUGGAAAGGCUUUUUAUUCAAAAGUGUUCAGAGUUGAAGGCUUCAAUUUCAAGUGUUCCAUCGCUAUGCAAAAUAGAAAUUAAUGACUGCAAGGAAGUGGUGUGUCGUAGUACUAUAUCUACAGAAUUCCAGUCUUUAAAUCCUAUGGCUCUUUCAAGCACUCCAAAGUUUGGAAAUUGGAUAAAGCAAGGAUUUCAAAAAAUUUCAAAGAUUGUUUGCUGUGAAGAGCUCACAAAUUCGUGGCAAAAUUUGAGUUGUGUUGGUAAGCCACUUCAUGGUAUUCAUAGCCUUACAUCCCUUAAAGAGUUGUCUUUUGUAAACUGUACAAGUCUUGUUUUGUUUCCAGAGAUCGAUUUUCUUCCCAAUCUGAGUUCUUUGACGAUUAGUAAUUGGGAGGCUCUAAAAUCUUUGCAUGAAGGAUUGAAGCAAAAAAAUCUAGAAAGGCUUGUAAUUAAAGAUUGUGAUUCUCUAACAGUCUUUGAAAGAGGUAUACUAACUUUAUAUUUGAAAAAAAUUAAGAUUCAAAAUUGUAAGCAAUUGGAACAUUUGGAGGAUUUGAGUACUACUCGUUUGGAGUACUUGGACAUUCAUGACUGUCCAUCUCUCACGUGCAUAUCAUCAAAUGGUUGUUUGCCUGACACACUCAAACGACUUUGGAUUGAAAGAUGUCAAGAGCUCACAACGCUAUCAUCUAGACAGCAGUGUUUUCCUAAGGCACUUGAACGCCUCCUUAUUGACUCUUGUUCAAAGCUAGAGUCAAUAAUAGAGACAUUUGAAAAUAGCACGUGUCUCAAAAUGAUUAUGUUUUCGCUGUGUGAUCAACUUAAAUCGGUAUCUUCAGACCUACAAAAUCUUACAUGUCUUGAGAUGAUUAUGAUAUGGGAUUGUCCAAAUAUGGAAAUAUCCUUCAAAUUUCCAAACUCUCUUCAAUUUUUAAGUGUAGGGAAUUGUCCAAUAUUGUUUGCAGAAGAAGGUGUUCCAAUCAACCUAACAGAGCUCCUUGUUCAAAGAGGUUCCAAAAUCUGUAAGUCACUAAUAGAGGGGGGAUUGCACAACCUCACCUCUCUUAGAGAACUUCGUAUUACUGGAUGUGAUGAUUCAGGGCCAAUUUCUCAAGAGAGCAUGGGAACGACCUCCUCUCUAACUUCUCUAUCUACUUUGGGUCUUCAAAGCCUCACCUCUCUUAAAUGGCUGGCAAUUAACAAUUUUCGAGAGCUAAAAACCAUUCAAGACUUGAGUUGCCUCAUCUCUCUUGAAAGUUUGGAGAUCAAUGGUUGCCCAAACCUUGAAUCCAUUCCAGACCUGGGAAGCCUUGCCUCUCUUAAUAGUUUGAAGAUUAAGAAUUGCGAAAACCUUGAAUCCAUUCUAGAGUUGGGAAGCCUCACCUCUCUUGAAUCUUUGUCCAUUGAUGAAUGCCCAAAGCUCAAAUCCAUUCCAGAUCUGGGAAGCCUCACCUCUCUUGAGUCUUUGUGCAUUCAGAAAUGCCCAAAGCUCAAAUCAUUGCAAAGCAUGCCACCCUCACUUCUGGAUUUACGUAUUGACCAUUGUCCAUUGUUAAAAAGACGAUGGAAAAGGGGUAGAGGAAAAUACUGCUCAAAGAUUGCUCACGUCCCUAAAGUUCACAUGGAUGGAAACUUAAUCUUCAAUUCAAAGGAGGAAGAGUAG